UCAUUCCUUUGCUGGAGGCAGAGAGCGGAGGGUCCGAAGGGAGUCGACCAAAUCAGGUCCCAGGGGGAAUCUUCCCUCCCUCUGAGCCCUUUUUCUUCUCCUCCCUACUUCCAAGAUAUCUCGAGAUUAGGUUCCCAGCUUCCAAAGAGAGGAUCAGAAUGUCUCAGGAAAAUGACACUUGGAGGAGAGAGUCCUGGCGCGGAGCCGCCACAAUCCAGCGGCCGGGCUGUGCUUGUUUGAGCCUUAGGAUGCAGUUUGGGAUCUGGACAGUUCCGAUUCAGAAGUGGAGGAAGUCUCCGUGGAGAAUGGUUCUGUCUCUCCCCCACCUUUUAAACCGACUCAAAGAAUCCCACGAAGGUGUUGGCAACCCCGCCAACGUCCUGGAAGAAGACUUGGAAAAGGAGAGAGAGGAAUCGGAAUCUACAGGGACGAAUUCCUCAGCAGCAAUCGACGAAGAGUUGUCCAAGGCCCUUAAAGGCGAGGGCGACUCGGGCGGCGACCAUAUGAAUCGCGAAGACUCCGUUGCAAUCAGCUCCCCCUGCCCUCGGCUGGGCGAGGAUAAGAAGGCCUACGUGCUGCGGCCGGCGCUCCGGGGCAUCAGGAUGCAGUGUUACAUUAAGCGCGACAACCGCGGUGUGGACAAGUACUUGUUCCCCCUCUACUACCUCUACCUGGAGAACCCCGACGGGCUGAAGGUGCAGUCAGCUGGCCCAGCAGCCUUGGGACGCUUCCUCCUGGCUGGGCGAAAGAGAAGAAGGAGCAAAACUUCUAAUUACCUCAUUUCCCUGGAUCCCACAGACCUAUCUCGGGAUGGGGACAACUUUGUGGGCAAAGUCAGAUCCAAUGCCUUGGGCACCAAGUUCAGCAUCUUUGACAACGGGGUGAAUCCUGACCGGGAGCAUUUAAUCAGGGAUACUGCCCGGAUCAGACGGGAGCUGGGGGCUGUGUGUUAUGAGACCAAUGCCUUGGGAUUCCUGGGACCUCGGGAAAUGACUGUGGUUCUCCCAGAAACCGACAGCGAGAACCAGAUCAUCACUGUCCAGCCACUAACAGAACAGGAGUUGCUACUGAGUCGCAUCCAACGUGGAGACAACCAAGGGUUGCUUGUGCUGCACAACAAAACCCCAUUGUGGAACCACGAGAAAGGUGUCUUCAUGCUCAAUUUCCAUGAUCGAGUUACUAUGACUUCUGUCAAGAACUUCCAGAUCAUGCAUCCCAAAGACCCGGAACGUCUGGUGCUCCAGUUCGGCCGCGUGGCCCCAGACAAAUUCACCAUGGACUUCUGCUUCCCACUUAGCCCGCUCCAGGCCUUCGCCAUAUGUUUGUCCAGUUUCAGUGUGAAGCUGGCCAUUGAGUAGCAAAAUAAAAUACC